UGCCAGCACCAUCACCAUACGUGCCCCGUCCACGUAGCUCGUCUGUAAAUUUACCCCGCGCUUCGCCUCGUAUUGCACCUUCGAGCGGAUCUCGCCCACCUUCCAAUAGUCUGAGAGGGCCACGUCAACCUACGCAGAGGGUCCCUUCACGAGGUUCUCAACCCUUUCCGGGCGCUCUUCCUCCGUCUGUUAGUAUGCCCCGAGCGCCUGUCGCUUACCAACAGACGCCUUCACGCAGUCACCAUCAAACACCCUCGCGAAGUCACCACCAAACGUUACGCCAGAAGCCACCGCCACUGCAGCAGAGUACACAGCAUAAUCAGGCGCCUUACCGCCGGCCGGCUCCUCGUCCCCCUGUAAGCACGCAGCCGCAGAAGUAUCUCCAGCGGCCCGGCUCCCAACUUUCGAAUUGCACAGGCAAGAAGAAGGCUCUUUGUAUUGGUAUUAAUUAUAAAGGGCAAGCUCGCCCUCUAAGAGGAUGUAUAAAUGAUGUAAAGAACGUUAAGAUUUUCCUGACUCGUUAUUGGGGAUACAGAGAUGGGGAUAUUGUCAUGCUUAUCGAUGAUACGGAGAACCCACGCCAGAUGCCGACUAGACAGAACAUUCUUGACGGCAUGGCAUGGCUUGUGAAAGGUGCCAAGCCCCACGAUUCCCUGUUCUUUCAUUAUUCGGGUCAUGGAGGACAGACCCCUGAUAAAGAUGGCGAUGAAGUUGAUGGAUAUGACCAAGUGAUAUACCCCGUUGACCACAAGAGGGCCGGAUUUAUUCUUGACGACGAAAUGCAUAGGAUUAUGGUUAAAUCUCUUCCACCACAUUGCCGUUUGACGGCCGUUUUCGAUUCAUGUCAUUCAGGGACUGCUCUUGAUUUGCCCUAUAUUUAUCAUUCCAAUGGUCGACUGAAAGGUAGCCAUGUCACGAGUCAGGCACGAGCCUACAAGUCGACUCAAGCGGAUGUUGUAAGUUGGUGUGGAUGUCGCGACGACCAGACAAGCGCGGAUACGUUCCAGGGAGGUGUGGCUGUUGGUGCAAUGAGCUAUGCGUUUGCGACAUCACUGAGCCGGAAUCCGAACCAGAGUUAUCAGGAGCUGUUGAGAUCUAUCAGAGAGAUUUUGAAGAGUCGCUAUAGCCAGAAACCCCAGUUAUCUAGUUCUCAUCCUAUCGACACUAACCUUCGUUUCAUACUAUGAUACCGACUUAAAUCGCCACUCAUUGGAACCCUUUAACUUGCUCACAAUGCACAAUAGCACCUACACUCCUUGCUUUGUUACGACUAAAUAGUUUACUACUGGACCCCUUACUUACCUACUUACUACUGUUAUAUAUACUGAUCUAGUGUACGAUUCUUAGUAUUGAUCGGACCUUGAUGUUGUUGUAUGGAGUGUUGUUGAUGUUU